AUGGCAACUAAAUCUUCCAAAUCCGAAGCUUUUAAAAUAGAGAUGUUAUAUAACGCUAAUUAUCGAAUAUGGAAGAGAAGGAUUACUUAUCUUUUAACCCAUGACAAGACUUUGUACAUUAUCAAGGACAAGAGACCCCUUGGGCCCUCUCGAGUUUAUAAUAAAUGGGUGGAAGAUAAUGAAUUGGCUAAGGCCACAAUCCUCAAUUACUUGGAAGAUAAAUUAAUACCUCUCUAUGAAGAAUGUGAUUCGAUCAAAGAAAUCAUGGAUGUACUUGAAAAGAAGUAUGGUCCUAAAUCUCAAACAUACAUUCAGUUAUUGCUUGAGAAAUACAAUGAGACAAAAAUGGAGGAAACUGAUUCUAUGGUUGAUCAUAUUACUAAAAUGGAAGUAGUGGCAAAAGACUUAGCCAAUGCUGGCCAUCCAGUUUCUGAUAAAAUGCAAGGUAGUGUUCUUCUUGGUAGCCUCCCAAAUUCUUGGGAAAAUGUAGUUACUUCCAUGACUUAUGGUUAA